GCGUAUUUAAUUAUGUGGUUACUUUAGUUUUUUGCCUCCCACUUUUCACAUACUAUUAUAUUAUAAAAUAUUAUUAGUAAAUAAAUAUAAUUAGUUCGAUUAUUAUGGAUUUUGUGGAUUAACUGUGGUAGAUAUUGUGAACCGCUAACCAGAAAAAUUAUUAUUUUACUACCCACACCCAACCCACUACGUACAACAUGUGGGUAUGGUUAACCACAAUGGGUACGGGUUGGUGCAGUUUACGGGUUAUCCAAAGCCGACAACCCAAACUCCAACCCCUAGGACCAACCUUGCAAUUUGCCCAAAAAAGGAAGUGCAUGUAAAGGAAAAAUUACUGUUAUGGGCCAGUGGCCCGGCCCAUUUCUUCGAUCCUGGAUUCGGUUUUCUCAGACGCGGGCUCGUGCCUGGACCCUGCCUGGCGCAGUCAACAGUAGGGAUGGCAACAAAACCCGAACCCACGGGUACCCACCCGACCCAAUCCGGUCAACACGGGUAAAAUCCGUGUUGACGGGUUUUGGGCCGGGUUCGGGUUUAAACCCGCUACACUAUUCACCGAGUCGGGUUGGGUUUGGGUUUAGGUAAACCCGACCCAUGGGUACCCGCCCACACACAUAUAAUUACUUUCCCGGUAUAUUUAAUAUUCUAAAUAAUAUAUUUUCCUUAAACAAUUAAUAUUCUUUAUGUUUGUGGAGACAUGUAUAAUUUGUUUUUUCUAAUUGUUUAGAAUGAAGUUGGUAUUAUGAAGUGGAGAGUGAAGAAACUUAGUUGACGAGGAAGAAGUUUUCAAUUAAUCUUUUGUUUAUAGAUGUUUAUCUUUAAUUUUGAACAAUUUGUAUUGAUUAUUUGCGGUUUGCUUGUAUGCUCUAGAUUGGUGUUUUUUUUGUAUGAUUAAUUUGUAUGAGAAAAUUGAUGUUAAACUUUUAUUUUGAAAGAAACUUGUUAUUGUAAAUUUUUUACCACAAAAACCCACGGGUACCCAUGAACCCGCGGAUACCCAGCGGGUUGGGUUGGGUUUGAGUUUUUCAAACCCAACGAGUUUUACCCCGGAUUUUUUUGGCCGUAAACCCAUGGGUUUGGAUUUGGGUUUGACAAAAUCCGCCCCAACCCGACCCAUUGCCAUCCCUAGUCAACAGUAGAGAACCGAGAACGAGAAAACCCCGAAAACCCGCCAAAGCAGCAGCUUCGUCUUUCUUCUCUUGCCACCCGCAUUUCAUAUUUGCCUCUCUUCUCCCCAACUCGACGAAAAUGGAAACCCGACCGUCGCGAACCUCUCUUCUCUUCUCUCCUCGCUUCCCUUCUCAAUCGGAUCCCCACAAUUUCCCUUCCCUCCCGAGAAUUUAUCAAUUCAUUUCCCCCAUUCCAUCGCUCCCCAAAAUUUCCCGAAAAACGGCAAAUACGAAAAAAAGAAAAAGGAAAAACAGACAAAAUGCCGAUGACGGGAAGUUCGCCUGAAUCCAAUUCGCCCCUCCUCCUCCGCCGGCCAAGAGCUCCGAAAUCGCUGUAGGAGUUUCUCUCAAUUUUUUUCCCCCUAUUUUACGAAUCGAAUCGAUUUCUCCGGUUAUGGACAGUCGGUACGGGAGGCAGAGGAACAGCAGCUCGGUGACGUCGCCCCUGGCGUCACCGAUCCACCCGCGGCACGUGCGGACGGGAUCGGCCGGGGUCAAGAAAGCCCAAACCAAGGCCGCGGCGCAGAGGCUCGCUCAGGUGAUGUCGCACCAGCGGCCGGACGAUGACAACGAAGAGGAUGACGACGAGCCGAUCUUCGCCGGCGGAGGUCUCGGCAGCAUCGGACUCGCUGGAGGGAGGAAAGUCCAGCCGCGGUCUCCCAUGACGAGGCCUGUGGUUCAGAGUCGCGUGCCGGCGAGGGCGGCUGCCGUGGCGGCGUCUGAGGAGGGCAGUGAUAACGAAGAUGAUCACGCUCCGAUUUCUGGCUCGGUAUCCAUUGGCCGCGCUGUUGGAAGGUCAAUGCGAUCGCAAUCUCCAAUGCGGAAACCUGCAGCUCAGAGUCGUGUCCCGGUGAAGCCGCCCCAGCCAGUUGAUGAGGACAGUGAUAAGGAAGAUAGUUCCGCACCCGUAAUUGGUCGGGUCUCAAUUGGCCAUGCAGGUGCGAGAUCAGUGCGACCUCAAUCUCCCAUGAUGAAAGCAGCAGGUCAAAUUCGUAUGCCGGUGAAGACAUUCCAACCACAAAGUGAUAGGGAUAGUGAUAAGGAUGAUGAUCAGAGCCCCGUCAGUGAGAAAAUAUCCAUUGGUCACGGUGGUGGGAGGUCGAUGCAAGCACGCCCUUCCAUGGGCAGGCCUGUUGCUCAAAAUCGUGCACCCUUGAAGACAGCUGCACCAGUUGAUGAUGACAGCGAUAAGGAUGAGAGUUAUAGUCCUAUAAGCGGUAGGGUGUCAAUUGGACAAGCUGGUGGAAGAUCAAUGCGAGGCCAAUCUCCAAUGGCAGUUCGUACCAGGCAAGACCAAUUGAACUCUAUCAAAAUAGGUCGGCCUUCUGUGUCUUCCGCCUCUGGGGAACACCCAUCAACAUCACUUCACUCAGCUACAUCUGCUCCAGCAGCUCAGAUCAACAAUGCCGUUGAACAACAGCCUCUAUCUGCUCGUUCCCCGUUGGCCGCCCGAUCAUCCAUAAAUUCCACCGAACAACCUCCAUCAGCUCGUUCUACAUCUGGCCGCUCAGGUCCUCCAGGUAUUCGGAAGAUGCCUUCUAGUGUGCCUAUCUCACUUAGGCCGGUCUCUUCUAUGGUGUCACCUGAUCCUACGUCAGAUAAUUGGAAAGAACAAAGAUUGGGGAUGGAUGCGGGAAGUGCAAAAUUGAGUGAAACAAACAGUAAUCGGCCUGCAUCUGCAUUACAGGACGAGAUUGACAUGCUACAGGAGGAAAAUGAGAGUUUGCUUGACAAGCUUCGACUUGCAGAAGAGAGGCAGGAGGAAGCAGAAGCUAGAGUUCGUCAACUUGAGCAACAGGUUGCUAAUCUUGGAGAAGGUGUAAGCUUAGAAGCUCGCCUCAUAAACAGAAAGGAGGCAGCUCUGCAGCAAAGAGAGGCUGCUCUGAGAAUGGCAGAAGUAACAAAUAAAGCCGAAGAAAUUAACUCCCUUAGGAUGGAAGCUGAGAGUGCUAAGGAGGAGGCAGCAGCCGCAUUUGAGCAGCUUCAAGAAGCUGCACUCGAGACCAAGUCGCUUCGCAAUAUGACUCAAAGAAUGGUGCUGACUCAAGAGGAGAUGGAAGAGGUUGUUCUGAAGAGGUGUUGGCUUGCUCGGUAUUGGAGCUUAUGUGUCAACCAUGGCAUACAUGCAGAGAUUGCAGGAGCAAGAUAUGGGUACUGGUCAUCAUUUGCUCCUCUGCCUGUUGAAGUGGUAUUAGCUGCAGGACAGAGAGCUCAAGCGGAGGACUCAUUCAUUGGUAACGACGCAGAAGAAAGGGUGAGAGUGCUGCAAGGCACCCGUGAACUCUCUGGUGAAGGGAACAUUGAGAGCAUGGUCUUAGUCGAGAGAGGUCUGCGAGAAAUGGCUUCGUUAAAGGUGGAGGACGCUUUAGCGCUUGCCCUGGCUCAACAACGACGUCCCAGUUCACUGAAAGGUGAUGAAGUGAAACUACCCAGUGAAGGACAGUACGAAGCAUUUGAGUUGAGCCAAGAGGAGGCCGAUGAUGUGCUUUUCAAACAGGCUUGGCUAACAUAUUUCUGGAGAAGAGCCAAGGACCACGGGCUGGAGCAAGAAUUAGCAGAAGAGCGUCUAGAUUUCUGGACCAACCACGGUGGUCGUUCCUACUCGUCGCAGGAUGCAGUCGACGUGGAGCGUGGGCUUCAGGAGCUGAGGAAAUUAGGCCUUGAGAAUCAGCUGUGGCACGAGUCUCGCAAGGGGCUCGAUUUCGGGUCCAGCACCAGGGCACAUAUGGAGACCGACUUCUAAGAUUUGAGAAUCAGCUUACAAGUAUCCAGUUCAAAUCUACAGUCGAUCGAGAGAGAGAGAGAGCUCACACAAUGUCGAUAUUUAUAUGAGCGUGCUACAAGUUUUGCAGAAUUUUACGUUGUCUGUAUAGAUUGUGGUCUAUUUCAUGUAUUAUUCUAGUUUGUGAGUCUUGUGUUGUGUGGACUUGGGCCAAAAAAAAAAAGCCACAAAUUGCCAGUUGGGGCAGUUCGUUCUCUUACUAUUAUUAAUUUUUUUUGGGUAGAAAGUUCGUUCUCUUAUUAGUGUUAGUAACGUUGCCCAGUAAACGGGGUCUGAGCAAAGAGGUCUUUGGGUUUUCAUUUGUGGCUGCAUAAAAGUUACUUAGGGGAUGGAACACUUGGUACUUGUCAGAUGAUAGUAAGGUGAUUGUAUAAUAAUAAAAUAGUUUUUUUUAUCUGCGCUCCACCGCGCUAAUAAACUAAUUAUUUCUUUUAAUAAUAAAGUUUCAUUCACUUGUUUAAUGAUUUAGUUCAAAUAAAAUUAUUUAUAAAAUUUUCAAGCAUAACACUUUCAUAAGUUUUAUGUAGUCGCUUUCGCUUGAUUGAUACAUAAAAAAUAACAACCCUUUCAACCUUCUUACAUGGUGCAUUAAACUAUUACAAAACAAUGUUACUUAAUCUUUCGUAGGGAUAUUAAGGCCCUGUUCACUUUCAUUUUCGUUUACUGUUUCCUGUUUUCAUGUCAUAAAUUUGGCAACCGAAACGAGAAAACCUGUUUAUUUUUCAUUCUGUUUUCUAUUCGUUUUCAACUCUGAAAACAGAAAGUGGCAGCUUCCUGCUGUUUUCGGAAAUGGCAAAAUGUUGUUUUCACCUGUUUUCAACAUCUGUUUUCUAAAAAAACAGGAAACAUAAAUGGAAGUAAAUAUGCCCUUUAAAGUAAGGCAAUCUCAAACAAUGUUUCUCUAUUCAGCCGUUAUGUUUUGAGAUUCUUCACUAACACUACUCAACUAUCCUAAAAUUAAAUUACUAUGGAGAAAGCUUACUUGGGGAUAGAUUCCCCCUAGGUACUUAUCAAACGAUGAAGCAAGCAACCCUAGAUGGAAAGGCAAUUGAGACAAGCUUUAGCAAAGAACAUAGAAGCGUAUGAUUCCUCUACUUAGCCACAACCCAAAACUCUCGAUUAAAGCAGUGUGACCACUUCUAACCAAACGAGAGAAUUCACUAUUGUGCAACUCUAAUCGCUUAAUUAAAGCAUUAACGACCUUUGAAACCCAAUUCUAUGUCACCCUAGAUCACCAAGUAGAAGAACUCACGAUUAAUGGAAUCCCUUCUACUCCCCUACACAUGGAGUGUUCUAACAGGAGUCUACUAGACACUAUCUCUAAAGACUAGGCACAUACGAUCCCUAAACAUGGCCAAGAUUGGCAAUCCAACAUUGUAUAGGCAGCACAAUCAACAUCCUAAUGCAUCCUAACUCAAUCCCAAUCAAUGCAAACCUUCACUCUAAUCCUAUAGUGGAGGGGAACCCAUAAUUGACCUUGAAUCUCAAUUAAAUCACGCAAGGCCCUCUUAAUUUAGGUAUUUUGGAGAGAAGUCUCUACAACCUAAAAACCUAAUCAAGGAUUUAAGUUCUAGGUUCCCUAUAGAAGGCUCCCACCCACUGCAAAAGACCUUAUUUGACUCACUCUCAUGCAAUCAACAAGGUCCCUCUAAUGCGUUUGUAUGCUCAAUUAAUCUAGUUAGAUUUUUCUCUCCUAGGUUAAAGCUUUCUCCUCUUUGUUGUCUUUGAUCUUAAACUUUCAAGGGAUUGGUUCUGUCACAAUCUCCUCCAAUGACUCUCAAAGACCUCCCUCCCCCUCUUUUAGUUUUGUUCAAGAAAAAUCUAUUUUCUCUUGCAAAAGUGGCUCCCCCACAAGAAAAAUCACAAAAAGGGUUUUUACUCGAGUAGUGCAAAAGUCACUGGAGUUAACUUUCCAAAACAAUUCACUUAGUUGCACAGUGUAAGAAACUCAAUUCUAGGUG